AAAUCCGCCAUUAAUAUAUCUCUUCUCUUCUUCAAGCUCCAUUUCUGCCACCAAAUCUCUCUCCUUUUCAUCAUCCCAUGAAUCUUUCCCCCCCACUUCACUGAUAACAACAGUAACACUUCAGCCAUGGUGUCUCUUGAGAAUUCCCAAUCCAGUUGCAGCACCCGCUUUCCCAUCACCAGGACCUUCUAUUCGCCUUCUGCCUCCUCCCCAGCGAAGAUCCAGAGGUCCCUCGGCCGUUCUAUGCGGACCGUCCGUUCCAAUUUGUACCAGGAUGGGCAAUCCUGUUCCUUCUCCGAGAAUCUCUCCGAUUCUGUAGUAGAUUUGCAUCUGGGAGAACUCGCUGCUAAAACCCAGAAGAGUUCUUCAAAGUCGUUUUCCGAGGAGGAGGAGGAGAAGUUUCUCGAACUUUCUCAUACCUUCAGCGACUUCUCGUCCUGCAGCAGUGAUAUUUCCGGCGAAUUACAGAGGCUAGCAACCAUCCCUUCGUCGGAAAAACUAACUGAUCCAAACCCAAAUAUUGAAACUGAGCCACCCUUCUCGACUGAGAUUAUUGAGAGCAUAUUACCGGAGGAUCUUAAGCCGACUGUUAAGAUCUGCAUCGACAGCCUUCAAUCGCCGUCCACCGCCAUAAAACGCUCCGCCGCCGCGAAAUUGAGACUCCUCGCAAAAUAUCGAGCCGACAACCGCGCCCUUAUAGGUGAAUCCGGUGCCGUUCCAGCUUUGAUUCCUCUUCUCCGAUGUAACGAUCCAUGGACGCAAGAACACGCGGUGACAGCCCUGUUAAAUCUGUCUCUCGAUGAAGGAAACAAAACCCUUAUCACGAAUGGAGGAGCGAUAAAAUCGUUAAUAUACGUGUUAAAGACAGGAACAGAGACGUCAAAGCAGAACGCAGCCUGCGCUCUUUUAAAUCUCUCAUUAAUUGACGAAAACAAGUUGUCAAUCGGCGCAUGUGGGGCUAUUCCGCCACUGGUUUCGUUACUGAAAAACGGUUCAUGUCGUGGGAAGAAGGACGCAUUAACAGCUCUAUAUAAGCUCUGUUCGGUGAACAAGAAUAAAGAGAGAGCAGUGGCGGCUGGAACGGUGAAACCACUGGUGGAGCUGGUGGCGGAAGUGGGUAAUGGGAUGGCGGAGAAGGCGAUGGUUGUGUUAAGCAGUCUUGGGGCAAUACAGGUAGGAAUGGAAUCAAUAGUUGAAGAAGGCGGUAUUGGUGUGCUGGUUGAAGCUAUCGAAGAAGAUGGGUCUUGGAAAGGGAAGGAAUUUGCUGUGGUGACAUUGUUGCAGCUUUGCAGAGAUUCAGUGAGAAACAGAGGUCUGUUAGUUAGAGAAGGCGGAAUACCUCCAUUGGUUGCUCUGUCUCAGACUGGAACAGCCAGAGCCAAGCUAAAGGCUGAAAUGUUGCUAAAGUAUUUGAGAGAACCAAGGGAUGAAGAAGCUGGUCAUUAGAAGAUGAAGAAGAAGAUGAUACAUUCCUAUUAGAAGCAAAUGUAAAUUACUUAUGAACUUCUUUUGAGAACAAACAAACAAACAGUUCAUUUGUGA